AUGCCACUCUCAGAUGCCGAAUAUGACCACUUCUUUAGCAUCCUCCAUAGCCCUCGUCGAAUCCGUGCUGUUUGCUUCUUAAGAGCCACGUAUGGCUGCCAGAAUUCCUUGAUUCGGGCACUGGACCAGUACGAAAACCAUGGAGUCGUUCCUGAAGGGCGGGUGUGCUCUGACUUGGAAGAACAUUCAACUUUCCCAGAUUUUUGUAACCUUGCUUUUUAUCGCUGUGCCUUGAAGAAGUACUAUGUGAAGGUGAGGGAAAGAGGCGAGCCUGGGAAAUCUAUUAGGAAGAAAGGAUAG